AUGCCGGUUCAGAGGAGUUUAUUUGGGAAGCCUGUGCCAGCGAUGGUUCCGCGGCGGAUGGCGGUCUUAUUGGCCACGAUAGCUGUCUUUGCUGUGAUCACUCUUGUGUUUACUUUGCCCAAUUCGAUUCCAUCAGGUCCAUCAUUAGGCAGAUUUACCGAUCACAAGUACACUCUACCUAAGCUACCGAAGCACAUACCUUCACCGAGCAUCCUGAAUCCUUUUCGGCAAGCCGCACAUCCUCCACCAGUUCAGAAGAACAGUACCAGCGGCGAGUCGAAAUGGUUUAGCAAUUGGAAUUGGUUGAGUCCAUUCUCGUCGUCUGUUACUCUCGACGAGAACCGUUCUCUGCUCCCAAUGCUCAUCCCUCGAACCCCCAUAUACACAUAUUACGAUCAUACCGUGGAAAAAGACGCAGGUCUUAAAGAGGCCCAGAAUGAGCUGUUGCUUACGUGGAGAAGGGCUUGGUGGGCACAAGGCUUCAAGCCUAUCAUCUUGAGUCCAGCGGAGGCGAUGAACAAUCCGUUAUACGUCGAGCUCCAAACGAAGAACCUGAAUCCUCAGUUGAAGGUAGACAUGUCAAGGUGGCUAGCUUGGGAGAAUAUGGGCUCUGGCAUACUUUGCAACUAUUUAGUUCUACCCAUGGGUGGUCAAGAGGAUCCCCUCUUGACUUUCAUGCGAAAUGGAAAAUACAUUAAGUUGACGAGGUACGCGGGGUUGGAGGGAGGAAUAUUUGUCGGAUCUUCAGCUGCAAUCACAGCUGCUGUGAAGGAGGCUCUUGGAAAUAAGGAAAGGCUCAAGACAGCCACAGAUUUCAUCGGUACCAUAAACGAGGAGGCCGACGAAGACUCGAAAACAUUUGAUGUUGAUCCAAAUCAUGAGUCGAUUGCAUUCUACAGCAACAAGACGGUCACAGAAAAGUACCCGAAAAUUGCACAGGAGAUUAUUGCGUCUCCAGCGAAGGGCUUAUUAACCUUGAACAAGCUCAUAAAUUCACAUUCGCACUCGACUUGGCAGAAGCGGUUCCCUAAAGGAAUAUCCGUUCUGAAGCCAUGCCCGGAACAUAUGUCCUCUGCAGUAGCUCCGGCUAAGAAGUUGGGCGACUUCCUCGCAAUGUGUCCAGAGUCGCCGAUGCCAGCAUCUUGUCCUCCAAAUUUACCUAAAUGCACACCCUGUGUAUCAUCGACUCCAAUGGUCGUUGCAACUCCAGAGAACUACAAAAACACAUCAACUCUGUUUACCAUCGGUACUGUUCCACAUCCUUUCACUAUGGCCGUCUUGACAGCUUUCCGCGACAACAUUGAUGUAAGAUGGAUUCGGCGAGAAUCUGAGCGCGACCCUUGGCUGGCCAAGAUCACUCAAGUGCUCUUAGGCACUGGAGUAUCAGGUGCACCCAGGGUCAUCAAAUUCAAGGAGGCGGUUGCCAGCGAGCACGGUAGAUAUCAUUCUCUAUGGGUAACUCCUGAAAAGGAGCUCCCACAUGAUCUAGAUUGGGCUUUCGGCUUCAGCAUUCCACGGAAUGCUACCGAUACUGGGAAAUCAGAGACCCCAGUUCCAGGACCUGAAAGACGACCGAAGCCGGAAGCGGAUCUCAAAGAUGGUCCAGUCGCCAGUCCAGAGGAUAUGAAAAAAGAGCAGGAGCUUCUUACUCGGGCGGUAGAGUUUGGUCGUGCUCGCAGCGAACAGGAAGAAAAGCUCCGAGGAGCAAUUGAGGCGUGGAACUUGGCAGAUACAGAAGCAUGGAGAUUUGCGAGAGCUUUCUUAGCACGAAGCCGUGUUGAACGUCUAAAGUGGGAAGAAGAGGAGAAGAGUUAUGCUGGUGGAGCGGGAUCUGAAAGAGCGACAAGCGAGGGAUGGGGUAGAUGGGGCGAUAAGUAG